AACAUAUACCUUCAGGUUAAUUAUGUUAUAGUUGGAGCAAUGUUUUAGAAUCAACUACCAUGCAAGUGCUCAACCCUAAUGAUGUUAAGAUUUAUAACUUGACCCAUGGCAAGUCUAUUCCUGAUUGGCUGUCUGAUCGCAAGAAGCGGUUGCUGUUAAAAUCAGAUGUUGGCCUUCAGAAAAGAAUUCAGUUGAUGCAGGAGUUUGAAAUGCCUAUAAGCAGUCAAAAGAUUGCUAUCACUCCAGAUAAGACACACAUCUAUGUUUCUGGGGUGUAUCCUCCCAGAUUAAGGUGUUUUGACACAAAGCAACUCUCAAUGAAAUUUGAGAGAGGCUUGGACCAUGAAGUAGUAGCAUUUCACAUCCUCUCUGAUGACUGGAAGAAGAUUGUCCUUCUCCAAUCUGACAGACACAUCGAAUUUCAAACGCAGGACGGAAUUUACUACAAAACUAGGAUACCAACUUUUGGGCGUGAUCUGUGCUACUAUACACGAGCUGCUGAACUUUUUAUAGGUGCUACUGGUCCCCAAGUAUAUCGGCUGAAUCUUUGUAAAGGAACGUUUAUGAACCCGAUUGAAACACUUUCAACUGGAGUUAAUGUGACUCACAUUCAUCCUCAACAUUCUCUUCUUAUGUUUGGCACUGACAGUGGUACAGUUGAAUGCUGGGAUCCCCGUUCUCGAUCCAGAUGUGCUACUCUCACCGUUCCAGACACAAAGAAUAUAACUUGUAUCCAAUCCAAUAAGACACUUGAACUGGGUGUUGGCACUGAAUCUGGGCAGGUUAUCUUGUACGAUAUUCGCUCUACCAAACCUAUUUUAAGCAAAGACCAUUAUUAUGAGAAACCCAUCAACAGCAUCCAUUUCUACAACUCAGACUCUGAUAACUAUGUCAUAUCUGCUUGUUCCAAAAGUUUUAAAGUGUGGCACAAGGACAGUGGUAAACCGUUCACAGCAAUUGAAUCAGACGAGGAUAUUUGUGACGUGGCGUGGUAUGAGGGAAGUGGAAUGUUUUUCUUUGCUAAUGAAGGACAGAAAAUGAAAACUUACUUUAUCCCCUCACUUGGCCCAGCUCCAAAAUGGUGCUGGUUCUUGGACAACCUCACUGAAGAGCUGGAAGAAAGUACUGAGAAUGUUGUGUAUGAUGAUUACAAAUUCGUCACUAAGGAAGAGUUGGAGUCACUUGGCUUAUCUCAUCUCAUAGGUACCAACUAUCUCAGAGCUUACAUGCAUGGCUUCUUUGUUGAUAUGAAACUAUAUCGGGAGGUGAAGCAAAUAGUCAACCCAUUUGCUUUUGAAGAGUACAAAAAAGGUGUGGUGGAUAAGAAGCUGCAGUCUCAGAUGAAAGACAGGGUGGAGGUGAAGAAGCUCCCAAAAAUUAAUAAAUCUCUAGCCAUGAAAGACAUGCACAAGGGAUCCAAACUGUUGGAGGAUGACAGAUUUGGUUUACUUUUCUCUAAUCCAGACUUCCAAGUGGACGAAGAGAGCGAACAGUUCAAAUUGAUCAAUCCAACUGUUCGUAAACAUGAGAGCAAGUCUAGUGAGUUCACCUUGUACAACGCUCCAUCAGAUGCAGAGGACAGCGAGGCAGAGGAAUCUGCUGCACAACUCAAGAAAGUGAAACGAAAACGUCAAAUGAAGCUUGUCAGCCUUGAGAAUGAAUCUGUUAUAUACUCCAAGAAAAGCUCUGUUACUACAUCAAUUCCACUGGGUCAAAGAUUAUCAGAGAAUACCGGCGCAGUAACAUCCUCGACCCAGCUGUUUGGUGCUCGUGAAAUGAAAGUAGAAAUGGAGCCUGAGAAGACAACCCACAAAUCGAAGAGGACAGAAGAGAUGAAGCAGCACCAGACUGAGAGGCGACAGCUGGGAAGGUCUGCAUCAGGGCUGAUGAGGAAACAAAGAGGCAAAUUCUGGAGAGGCAGAAAAGUUGGGUGAAUUUUAUUUUUACUGUUCUUUUAGGUUUUUAAAUUUUUCAUCUAACUUAUUGAAGAUCAAACAGUUUUUAUUAUGACGUGUGGGUAUUUAAUUUAUUUAGAUUUCUUCCAACUCGUUUCUCUAACAGUAAACUGAGAUCUAAUUACUUUUAUCAGAA